AUGACGUUCGGGCGCGGCGGCGCCGCCGAGCCGAGCGAGCUUCACUUGGCAGCCCUGGCAUCACUAAAGGGAGAUAUAGCAGAGCUUAAUAAACGCCUGCAACAAACUGAACGGGAACGGGACCUUCUAGAAAAGAAAUUGGCCAAGGCACAGUGUGAGCAGUCCCAUCUCAUGAGAGAGCAUGAGGAUGUCCAGGAGCGAACAACACUUCGGUAUGAAGAGCGCAUCACAGAGCUCCACAGCAUCAUUGCCGAGCUCAACAAGAAGAUAGCACGCUUGCAGGGCAGCACCAGGGAAGAAGAUGAGUACUCAGAACUUCGAUCAGAACUCAGUCAAAGUCAACUUGAAGUCAAUGAGGACUCUCGAAGCAUGGAUCAAGACCAGACCUCCAUCCCCGAAAAUCAGUCCACUAUGGUGACUGCUGACAUGGAUACGUGCAGUGACCUGAACUCAGAACUACAGCGGGUGCUGACUGGACUGGAAAACGUUGUCUGCUGCAGGAAGAAGAGCAACUGCAGCCUGUCCGUGGCUGAAGUCGACAGGCACAUCGAGCAGCUCACCACGGCCAGUGAGCACUGUGACCUGGCGAUUAAGACUGUCGAGGAGAUUGAGGGUGUCCUCGGCCGGGACCUGUAUCCCAACCUGGCCGAAGAGAGGUCCCGUUGGGAGAAGGAGCUGGCAGGGCUGAGGGAAGAGAAUGAGAGCCUGACAGCCAUGCUGUGCAGCAAAGAGGAAGAGCUGAACAGGACCAAGGCCACCACGAAUGCCAUCCGGGAAGAGCGGGACCGACUCCGGAGACGGGUUCGAGAACUUCAAACCCGACUCCAGAGUGUGCAGGCUAUGGGGCCCUCCAGCCCUGGCCGCCUCACUUCCACCAAUCGUCCAGUUAACCCCAGCACAGGAGAGCUGAGCACAAGCAGUAGCAGCAAUGACAUCCCCAUCGCCAAGAUUGCUGAGAGGGUGAAGUUGUCAAAGACCAGGUCAGAAUCUUCAUCGUCUGAUCGGCCCAUCCUGGGCUCAGAACUUAGCAGCAUAGGGGUAUCCAGCAGCAUGGCAGAACACCUGGCCCACUCUCUUCAGGACUGUUCCAACAUCCAAGAGAUCUUCCAGACUCUCUACUCACAUGGUUCUGCCAUCUCAGAGAGCAAAAUUCGCGAGUUCGAGGUCGAAACAGAACGAUUGAACAGCCGUAUUGAGCACCUCAAAUCCCAAAAUGAUCUCCUAACCAUAACCCUGGAAGAAUGUAAGAGCAAUGCCGAGAGGAUGAGCAUGCUGGUGGGAAAGUAUGAGUCCAACGCCACUGCACUACGGCUGGCCCUGCAGUACAGUGAACAGUGCAUCGAAGCCUACGAACUCCUGCUGGCCCUGGCUGACAGUGAGCAGAACCUCAUCUUGGGCCAGUUCCGGGCGGCUGGCGUGGGCUCCUCCCCUGGGGACCAGUCAGGGGAUGAGAACAUCACUCAGAUGCUCAAACGAGCGCAUGACUGCCGGAAGACGACGGAGAAUGCAGCGAAGGCCUUGCUCAUGAAGCUGGAUGGCAGCUGCGGGGGCGCCUUUGCUGUGGCCAGCUGCAGUGGGCAGCCCUGGGAGAGCCUGUCCUCCAACAGCCAUACCAGCACUACCAGUUCCACAGCAAGUAGCUGUGACACGGAGUUCACCAAAGAAGAUGAGCAGAGACUGAAGGAUUACAUCCAGCAACUGAAGAAUGACCGGGCAGCCGUAAAGCUGACUAUGCUGGAACUGGAGAGCAUCCACAUCGACCCUCUCAGCUACGAUGUUAAGCCCCGGGGGGACAACCAGAGACUGGACCUGGAGAAUGCUGUACUGAUGCAGGAGCUGAUGGCCAUGAAGGAGGAGAUGGCCGAGCUGAAGGCCCAGCUGUACCUCCUGGAGAAAGAGAAGAAGGCCCUGGAGCUGAAGCUGAGCACUCGGGAGGCACAGGAGCAAGCCUACCUGGUGCACAUCGAGCACCUGAAGGCAGAAGUGGAGGAGCAGAAGGAACAGCGCACGCGCUCGCUCAGCUCCACCAGCAGCAGCAGCAGAGACAAGCCCAACAAGGAGUGUGCUGACACCACCACCCUCCCUCUGUCCCUGGCCGAACUGCGGACCACAUGCAGCGAUACUGAGCUGACGGUAGAGCUCGCCAACGCCAUCCGUAGGGAGAAGAAGUUGAAAACCAGAGUUCAAGAACUGGUCAGUGCCAUGGAGAGACUCACGAAGAGCAGUGAAAUCCGACAUCAGCAGUCUGCGGAGUUCGUCAAUGACCUCAAGAGAGCAAACAGUAACCUGGUGGCUGCCUAUGAGAAAGCCAAGAAGAAGCAUCAAAACAAACUGAAGCGGCUGGAAUCUCAGAUGAUGGCCAUGGUGGAGAGACACGAGACCCAGGUGAGGAUCCUCAAGCAAAGAAUAGCCUUGCUAGAGGAGGAGAACGCGAGACCGCAUGCCAACGAGACUUCACUGUAAUGCCGAAGUCCAUCCGCAGAAGCUGAGCCACAGCAAGCCACCGAGAACAGAGCCUGGUGGACAAGGAUCUGCAGGAGGUGGGGGUGGGAGGAUGGUGGGAAGGAUGGUGGGCAGGUCAACAGCCGGCCCAGAAGUGUCAUGGCCCUGCUGACAGCGCUGCUCUG